AUGGCCACAUAUUUUGAUCUUAUCGUUCGACCAAAUGAUUCGAUUAAAUCGAAAACUACAGGAAAUUUUCUUAAAUUAUCAAAUCCACCCGAUGAUUUAAAAGUUCCUAAUGAUUGGGAUGUUAAACCAGGUGAUGUACUUUCAUGGAGUACUUAUAGAACAACAGAAACUUAUUUUAUUACAAAUGAAAAUACACUUUUAAAAAAUCCAGAUACAUCUGGUGCUGGUUAUUUAACAAUUCCACUUUCAAUUAGUUCAUUAUUUCUUGAUGCUGUUAAUUAUUUUUCUUCUGUUUUAAAUUCUAUUGGUCGUAAUAAUGUUACAUCAAUUGAACUAGCACCAACAGAUUUAUUUUUUAUUUCAUAUUUUUCAAAUGAACCAUUUCCAACAUCAAUUAUAAAACGUAAUGAUAUAACAUAUUCAUUUGAUCCAAAUGAUGAAAUACUUUAUGUUAUAAUGUCAUCAAAUUCUAAUCAAUAUCAAUAUUUUCCAUUGAAUACAACUAAAAUGGAUGAUAUUAUUGAAUGGAUUUUAAUAGCAAGUGAACCAAAAAUUAAAUUAAAUGUUACAUUUAAUUUUUAA